AGCACCAGCAUCCUUCAGUCUCACCAGCAUCACCGGGAACCAUGGCGGAGACGAGGCCUCGGUGAUCCGGACCCGGUUCUUGCUGCGGUCCGUUAUGUCUUUGCUGCCCGUCUCGUCAUGCCCGCCGCUGAUCGCCGUCCGCCGCCGCCGCUGCUGCUCCUCCUGCCGUCGCUGCUCCUGGUCUGGUGCCCGUAUGGGGCGGUGAGAGCGGCGGAGGAGGGCGGCGGCCUGCCCGGGGACAAUGGCCUCAGAGGCGCGGUGGGAGAACCGUCCGGUACCGACGGCGGGGCGGCGGGGCGGCUGCUGGGUCCGUCGGCUCCGGUCGCAGAGGCCCAGUUCGCCCUGAAGGUUCUGGUCAGAGACCUGGUGACCCGCCAGCCGCUGCCCGGUGCCACCGUGGACGUCUACCUGAACCACACCCUGAGGAGUUCUGCCCAGACCGGGCCUCGAGGGGAGGUUCUGCUGUGGGUGGUUUACAGUCCAGGCCUCUGUCUGACCCUGCUGGGCCACAUGGAGGGCUAUGUCCAGAACCCGCUGCCCUGGAGCACCGCCAAGAGGCCCAUUUUCUCUGCGGUGACGCUGCUGUUGCUUCCUCACAGUCAGGGAAACAUCUGGCUGUUUGAAGACUCAGUCCUCAUCACCAGGAAGUUACCUGACAGCUCCUCCCAACCCAAAGUUAAGUUCCCCAAGAACCUCCUGACCAUCUCUGAUCAAAGCGACGUCUCCACGGUGACGGCCUACCUGACGGUGCCACAGCGCCACCUGGCCAAGGACUGCACCAACUGCACCCAGGGCAUCAUCAGCAACAAAUCAGUGUUCAGAAGCAUCGAGCUGAAGGCGGUGGCAGCCGUCAGUGUCUUGCUCUACUCCGGAGGCCAGCAGCUCCAGGUCCGAGGUCCGAUCCAGAUCAGUCUCCCGCUGGGACACGGCACACACCUGAGGGCCUCGGACACCGUCCCAGCCUGGACCUUCAACCUGAAGACAGGUGCCUGGGAGAACCAGGGUCUGGGGAUCGUGAAAGCAGUCGGUGAUGAUCUGGUCUGGACUUACACCGCCUCACAUCUGGGCUCCUGGAUCGCUGCCCCGCUGCCCUCAUCUAGAGAUUAUCUCGGGCAUGCCGGCUCUCUGGAUUUCUUAUCGUACCACACCUACCUGCUGAUGGGAAUUCUGGGAGGAACUCUGGUUAUCGUGAUCGGAUUUCUUUCCUUGCUGCUGUGUCACUGCGGUUCUCAUCGGGAGCCCAGGAGGAGGCAAGCGCGGUUUUCCAAACUGACGGUGGUGAAAAAAGACCAAACCACGUCCACCCACAUGGAGGAGGGUUUGUUGUUCCGAUCAGGCGACAACAGUCUGGCCUCCUGCAGUGUCCAGUGUGAACCUUCAUCCACGCCGAGGCACAAAGCCAACUACAACAUCUACGUGGAGGAUCCGGGGAGCCUCACUGCCGCCCCUCUUUACGAGAACAUCGCCUCGGAUCGGAUGAAGGGCUCCCAGCCGCCACCUCACUACAUCAACAGUGAAGAGGUGGCUCGGCUCAGGGAGAAGUCGGAGCAGAACCGGGCCAACAUGAACGCCGACAGCUUCUUUCAAGACAAGUUAGUUCACAUCUACAACCAGCCGGUGGCCAUUAUUCAGGCUCCGGAGCUUUUCGGUGCUCAGGAGCAGCUCAAGUCUGCCACGUUCCCCCGCAACGGGGUGGAGUACGAUGCCCAUUCAGAACCUGCCAGCAAAGACAGCUACACCCAGACUCUACCCAAAGGCCCCCACCACCACCACUCCCAGGGCGGCAGCAGCCCCCAGCAGGGCAGCCAGGACGACCCCCAGCCUCUGGAGACGCCUCCCCAGGGUCAGGGCCCCAACGCCGGGGUGUGGGGACGCUACAGCAACCUGCUGGAAUCCUCCGUCUCCGUGCCCGGGACUCUGAACGAGGCGGCCGGUAUGGAGGCCUUCAGCGGAGGCCACGGGGUGCCCAGCGAGCUGCAGGGGAUUUCAGAGCGCACCCUGCUGGAGCUGACUCGCGGGAAGUCUCACCCCAGGGCUUGGUUCGUCUCUUUAGACGGGAAGCCGGCCGCCCAGGUUCGACACUCCAUCAUCGAGCUGCAGAGCCGCCACCGGCCGCCGAGCAGCAACGACACCAGCCUGGACUCGGGGGUGGACAUGAACGAGCCUCAGCAGAACAUCCGCGAGACAGAGCGGCCUUCCAUCAGGGCGUCUUCGCUACAGCACCACAGCCGAGGACGGUACGAAGAGCAGGACCUCAGCAGCAGCGAGAGCGGCACCACGGCCACCUGUACGCCGGAGGACCCGUACCUGAGGAACAUUUUAGACGGGAGCAGCGGCGCUAUUCCCAACAUUCCUGAAGAGCGGGACGGGAUGGAUACGUCCAGCGCUCAGGAAGACAGCGAGUCCAGGGGGACGCCGCCUCCACGGCGCCUGAGGAAGGUGAGGGAAAAGGGGAAGACGGAAAAGAGGAGCGCCAAGCAUGUCCGUGAAGGCCGACCCCUGACCAAGAGGAGUUAGAGCAAAGAGACGAGCGGUUUAUUAUCUGUGCUUAAUUUAAACAUCACAUUAACUGUUUAUUCAGUGAUUCCAGUACGGCCACUCCAUCUCAAAGCAUCAGAUGUUUAGAUCAGUUUCUGCUCAGUCAUCAUAAAUUUGCCUGAAAUUAUUAAAGCAUGAAAUAUAGAUAUUAAUAGAGAUAUUGGAAAAAUUGUAGGGCUGGCCCGAAUAGUAAUUUCUGGACUCCAGAUAUUCGGCCCCAAUUAGUGACAAGUAUUCAGAUAUUUGGUAAGAAACACCCGAAGGGAGGAGACAAGCUUCCAAUAUUCAUAUCUCAAAAUUAAUAUUCGGAUACCACCGUAACCACCGAAUAUUCGGGUCCAGCCCUAAAAAGUUGUAGCUUGACAUAUUAAAUCAUUUCUGUGACAUAAUUUCCUCAGAAGUUGCCCGUCCAGUUAUGCAGAUUCUAAAUGACAUGAUGAGAAAUAAGAGUGAAGAUAUCAGGUUUUUAUCUUGGAUAAAAUUAUAUAAACCGUUUAUUAUAGUCCUUAAAACAGCUUCAAACUUCAACGUGAGAAAAAACCUACAUCCAUCUGAACCUUCACUGAUACCUUUAUAAGUAUCUAGAAUUCCUGAUAUAAAGAUUGUUAAGCAGACGGCCUCUGAUGAUUUGAGAUGGAAUUACCCAGUUAGUUUUAACUACUUCUGUUCACACAGGCAUUGUUGUUGAGUUAUGUGAUUGUACGACUUUGCCAAAGAAUGCAUAAGCUAAUUCAAGAAACAAAGCAGGAUCUGUGUUGUGUUGAAGCAUCAUGUAGCUGUUGUUAGACACCAUAUGUUCACUCAUUCUCCUGAAUCUGAAGAUCACCAGCGAGAUUCUUCACAGCAAAUGUCUGUGUGAACACGAUGUCCCACAGUCCCCAAUACUGGCGUUAUAGAGGGUGCCUUCUUACUGGAGCCCGACCGAUACUGGAUGUUUGGCGCCGAUACCAAUCUGAAGAUGCACUAAAUUCUGAGAUACUGACUGAUGUUUAUAUAUAUCGUAGAGUUAGGGUUAGGGAACAUAAUGGGGUCAUUGAUAGUGUAACUGGUGGAAGUUAAUCAACUAGUUGGCGACUUGCAAUAAGGACACCGCUCGGCUCCACACCACCAAAUGCUCAGCUACAUGUGCUGCCGACUGCACGGAGGCCAUUUUAAACAGAGCUGGAGGUGCUCUCCAAAAACACUAUGAUGAUUUCAAAACUACCCCUAGCAUCUUUACCUGUAUUAUGUCCCAUAAAAGAAAGCUUCCCAUCAGACAACAGAUACCGAUAUAUCCUUGGCUGGCCGUUAUCGCCACUGUAUAUCGGUCGGGCUCUACAUCUUACUGCCUGUAUUCAUGAAAUGUGACUACACAGAGGCACAGUAUUUGUCUAUAAUUAGUAAAAUCCGGUGAGUUAGCAGGACGGACGGACGGACGGACACAGAUACAGGUACUAUGUGUAGUGCACUUAUCCUCACCACAAAUGCCUGCUGUAAAUUAAAUACGACAAAGAAGCUUUCCCCAUUUGCAGUGUUCACAUCUUGUUGUGACUACAUGGUCUUGUUUCACUUUAAAGAGAAGAGGCUCUGGGAUUUGUUGACAACUAAUCUGAAUGUGAGUUAAACAAUUUAGCGUCAACUUUCCGACUCCAGCCCUGGACUCUGAUGGACUUGAUGUACAUUGUAAAGCUAAGCUGCCAUUUUGAAGUACACACCUGAUAUUCAAGGUUUUAAGCCUACAGUUGUUUUUGAAUGCAUGAAAAUGAAUGUUUCUUUGUGUGUAUGAACACGUAGAGCUGACAUUGUCAUAGCUGUUAGAUUACAAUGUGACUGAGUUUUUCCAUUUUUCUGUCUCGUCUUGAGGAGACUCAGUGUUGUCCACUAAACUGAGAGUAAAUACAGUUUGAAGCCACAAAACCAGACACUAAAACAUGGCACGAUGUGUUUGAUGGGAUUCAACGACAACAAUGUUUAAGAAGAUUGAAUCCUUUUGUUGACCGUGUCAUGCAUUUUUACUGCUUUCUUUUUUGAUACGUGGGGAUCUGGUCAUGCUGUAUAGUUCUGCUAUAAUCAAUAGAUUACUGAUUUUUACAAAGAGAUAUAACAAAAAAUAUGGUUUUAAACUGGUUUUUCAAUUCAGAGGAAGGGAUUUGGUCAUAUAGUCCACAGAAUAGUUAUAUUUAGCUCCAAGCCUUUGUACUUACUUGUUGGUGAGAUGUUUUGUUCACUAGCCCAGACAGAAAUAUAUAUUUACUGAUUUUGCACAGACACUUGUGUAUCCUAAUGACACUGACCACUUCCUCUAACAUCUGGGUAUCAUUGGAUCAUUUUAAUUCAUAAAUGGAAACAGUUAAAAAUGUAUCUCGAUAUUUUGGCAGUUCCCCUUUUUUGUUUGGAAACCAUAAUCAAAAUCAUAUUUUUUUUGUUUGUUUGUUUCCAAAUAAAACGUGAGACAACUUUAAAAAAAAAAUAAAUUCCAAAUUAAUUUUUCAUUUCUUAUUUGGGAAGAAUGGCAGAAUGCUUGGACACUCCGUCUGUCCAUGUCACUCUCUUUGUUACCUUAAUGUAGAUCAUUUUCUUCCAGUUUUAUAGAAUAUCCUUUGGAAGUAUUUAGAUUUCUAGUUCCUGUCAGCUCACUGUUGAACAUCCGUUCCAAAAAAAAACCAAAACAACUUGAAACAAACAAACAAAUAUAUGUUUUUUUUUUGUUAUUUUUUAAAGUUACAAAUGUAUUCAUUAUUAUCCAGUGAUACUCAGACCAUUUAGUGGUUUUGAGUUAAUUUCUCAGUGCCAGUACAUUCCCGUUCCUCUCAGGAUAAGCUGUAAGAACUUUGUUGAUCCCGUAACCUUUCAUCUGGUAACAUCAUUAAGUCAAAGUUUGACCUGGCUGACUAAAGACCUGCAGAAAUAAUGACAUUCCCAUCAGCUUCAGCCAUAAUCCGUGGUUAGCGCUAACUUGCGUCUGUUAGCAUGCUAACAUGCUAGAAUAAGAUUGGGGAACACGGCAAACAUACAAGUGUUUAGCAUGUUAGAUCUGUCAUUGUAAGCAUAUUAGCAUGGUGACAUUAGCCUUUAGCUCAAAGCACAGCGGUGUCUGUAUACAGCCUUACAGAGCUGCUAGCAUAGCUGUAAAUGCUUCAACAUUAAAGUAUUUUACUUAGUAAAAUGUCAGACAAUAAGGUCACAUGUACGUCUGCCUUUCAUUUCAGUCCUUUCCUAACGUAUAUGGCAGAUUUGUUCAAAGUUAUUUAAAGCACAUUAGACAGUAUACAAUCCCUGUGCAACAUCACAUGAACGUCAAAUGAUUCUGAAUUCCUUCACCUCUUAAUAACAGCUUUAUUUAUGACUUGAACAGCAGCGCAUUUCAACUCAUGCAGCCCCAUCACUGUUCUUCAUUGUCAGGACUACGUAUUCACUGUGGUAGUCCUGAUCAGGUUCACAGCAAACAUCUGGACUCCAUCUGAGCCCAACAAAUUUAUCGUGGUCUCACCUUGACCACAGAAUGUGCUCCCAGGCUUCUUUUAAUGUUCUUUAGCAAAAAACAACCUUGUCAUUUAGUCUCAAAGAGCAACAAGGGUUUAUUUCUUCCAUCCAGAGAGUUUGAUGUUCCGAAGAGUCCUUCACAGUCUGAACUUCACAGAAACUCUGGUUUACAUUGAUAACUUUCCGAUUUUACUAUUUUAAAUCAUUUGACAUUUCAGUGACUUUGUGCAGGGCUGUUCUCAUUUCGGUUGUAGAUUGUACAUAUACUUUGCAAUUACGUUGUAACACAGCAUUCAUAGACAUUUUCAGUGGGGGAAAAACUACAAAAACAACAAUGAUACAGCACUGCAAACUGAUGAACCACGAUAAAAUGUCACCUCAGAAAGCGGUUAAACUAGCAAUAUUUCCGAUGAAUUCAAAUUGAAAAUGAUUUUGCCAUAUUUAGUCUUCCAUAGCGCUCCUGCUGUUACAUUUUGUCUGAUUCUGUACAUCCAUACGUGUUCUUUUGUAUGUAUAUAGUACAGCAGCAUUUUAUGUGUUCUGUGACAGUGAUUUAAUUCUUUCGUGCUGUUUUUCUUUCGUUUUAAAGGUCUGAGAGCGGCUGAGUGAUGAGGUUUAGUCAUACAAGAUGUGCUGUCGAUGUGAUUCUUUUAAGGUUAGCCUAAAGACAAAGUGUCUUUGACUGGGAGUGUACAAAAAGCCUGAGCUUUGUCAUUUAAAUGUAGCGACAAACUGAGCACUUAAUCCUUCAGUAUGCUAACAAAUGGAAAUCCUCUCCACUGCUAGCCACCAGCUUCAGAACACAAUAUAUCCCAGCUUCAACAGCGACAUGAGGAGUCGUCUGCGAACACUUUGUGCUGGUGAAUCUCCACGAGCUAAACGACCCCACUGCCACUCCUGUUUCCAGUGAUCUUGCUGAAUGUAUCUGUACUGAUCUCAGUGUGUUCUCCAGCGUGCUCCUUGUGUGUCUUAGCCAUCCAACCUCAUGGGCUUUUGUUCCUUCCAAAUGGACACCACUUGUGUUUACCUCUGUAAUGAUAGUAAUGUUAUUAGUCUUGCCUUUUUGUGCACUAAAUUAAUAAACUUACUUGAUACCAA